AUGAAAAUGAAAUCAAAGAACGAAAAGAGCUAUGAAGCUAGUGAACUAGGCCUAAAUGUGAAUACCCAGAACAUGUUUUGUAAGUAUGUGGCAGCCGACAAUAUUUUCAAGCACAGUGUCCACAAAGAAGGAGAAAUGUUAGAGGCGGAGGAAAUCACAGGGGUUUUAGAGGGAAUUAUAGAGGAUUUAGAGGUUAUAACAGAGGUCGCUCCCAUGAAAAAUAGAAGAAUGAAGAAAGAAAUCAUCAGGCAUACACAGCUGAAGAAGAAGUGA